UUAUCUCUCUGCUUCGGACCCUUGCCUCCCCUUUUUCUCCUCCAUGUCUUUCCUAGAGAAGGUCCGCUCCCCUCGCCUCUCCUUCCUCCAGACCCUGGUGUCUCUCUCCCUGGGGACUGUGGCCCUCUUGUCAUCCUACUGGUGUGAGGGCCAGCAAAAGGUUCCCAAGCCUCUGUGCUCGGCCAUCAAGCAGAAGAACUGUAUCCCAGUACCGGGGGUGUCCAACUCCACAGCGAUCUCCUGGGAGACUGGGGACGACCGGUUCGUCUUCCCGGUGUUCCACGCCGGCCUGUGGAUGAGCUGCGAGGAAAACAUCUACACGGACGCCUGGGAGGAGAAGUGUCGCGGUUUCCACACUUUGACCCCAAGAUCUGAAAAGGGGAUGAUGUGGCUGUCCGUGUCCAUGGAGCUGAUGUAUGUGGGCUUGCUGUUCAUCAGCUGUGUGCUGCUGUCUCUGCAGUUGUGUCUGAGUAGCUUCUUCCCGUCCGCACGGCGCUGGGGACAGAUGCUCAACGCGUACUCGGCCAUCUUCACUGUGCUCGGAGGGCUGCUGGGGAUGGUGGCUCACAUGAUGUUCAUGCAGGUGUUCCAGACCACAGCUUCUAUGGGGCCGGAAGACUUCAAACCUCACAGCUACGGAUACUCCUGGGCAUUCUACAUUGCCUGGUUGGCCUUCACCUGCUGCAUGGCGUCUGGUGUCUCCACCCUCAACAACUACACCAAGAAGGUCUGAUGGUGGGGCGGCGGCGUUCCUCUCGCCUCUACCCCUGCCCCUUCAACCCCCUGGAGGACCCCCCGGCACGGACCCCCCGCCCCCUACUACU